AUGAGCAACGCCGAGUGGAAGGCGGAUGUGGAGCGCCGGGAGGCCGUCACCGCCGGCAGGUGCAACAGGGCCAAGAAGGCCAGGGAAAAAGCGGCGCACACUGCGGCUGCGGCGGCGACGGAACAAGCAGCGGCGGCGCGCGCGGCGAUGAUGAAUCCACCCGGUGGGCACCCGUACGCGGCCUGGAGCCAACAAAGCGUCGGCUCUCCGGCCGGGUUCUCGUCGUCGCCGCACCCAUGGAGCACGUCGUCGCCGGGCUAUGCCGAUGAGGACGCCAAUGGUGGCUUCAACCCCAACAUCACCUUCCCCAAUGGGCGCCCUGUCCAGCGCACGCCCUCGCCCGCGUUCGCCGCCUCACCGACGCCACUUCUUCGCCGCGUCCUCUACUCGCAAGCCGCAUCCUCGACGCAUCUCGGCGAUGCCGACUCGACGGAGGCCAACAUGGAGGACAUCAACGCAGUCGGCUCGGCUGCCCCCGCCGCUUCCCCCGAGUUCACUACACAGGAUGGCUCGAUUGACCUCGGCGACAUGGACGACGAGCUCGAUUACGGCGAGGAAGAGCCGGAGGAGGAGGAACCGACGCCGACGAGGAAAGGCAAGAAGAAGAGGAAGAAGAAGGUGGCCAAGCCCGGCGAGCCAGGCAUCAAGUGGGCGUCCAAGGAAGAGGAGUGCCUCGCCAAAGCGUGGAAGGUCGUCUGCCUCGACCCGAUCACCGACACGAACCAGAGCAUCGAGACGUAUUGGGACCGCAUGAAGGCCGAGUUCGACGUGCGGAAGCUCGUCGACCCCUACUUCAAAAGCGUGCACAUGAAGCGUGGGGCGAAGGCGAUGGCGAACCAUUGGGGGCUCAUCCAAACGGCGUGCAAAAAAUGGCAUGGGAUCGUCGAGGAGGUCGCGGCUCACCCGGAGAGCGGCACCAGCGUCGAGGACCAGCUGCUACGCAUGUUCGCCAUGUUCCGCGAUGACAACAGUGACGCAGAGUUCAAGUACCUCCACGUCUUCAGGCGGAUCGACAGGUGCGAGAAAUGGGCGGCCGUCUGGCGCACCCUGGCCAGAGCCAAAGAGACGUACAAGCCGGACGCGCCGACCGCGGGCGCGGCUGACGGGCGACCAGACAUCAACAAAGGUGCCAAGAAGGCGAAAUACGCCGAGUCGGCUGCCUCACACGUGCAAGAGUCCAUCGAGCACUGCCUCGCCAACGCCAAGACCAGGGCCGUCCAGCGAGAAGAGAAAACUGAGGCGAGGUGGGCUAUUUCGAUGACGAACAGCGCUAGCGGCGCUAAGAAGCUCAAGGCGUGGUUCUUGGCGGAGCGCGGCCUCAUCCUGAAUCAGAUACCGGCGACGCCGACGCCGCCACCGCCGCCCAGCCUGGCGGCUGAUGACGAUGCCUCCGCGACGCCCAGCCCCACCGACGAUGCCUCCGCGACGCCCAGCCCCACCGACGAUGCCUCCGCCGCGCCCGGCAACACAGAGGCCACGCCGACUAGCCCGGAAGCUGCGCCGACUCCUUCCAGCCCGCGUCCGCCGCCGACGACAACGCCGGAGGUUGAGCUCGACGUUUGA